AAAAAAAAAAAAAAAAAAAACUCAUACGAAUACCUCUAAAUACUUGGAUGGAAACCCCAUUGGGUAGGUGCUAGGACUCAGCAUAAUAAUAUGACAUGUCCUGGAUCUGGCUGUGGACCAUCGCAUCGACGAAUAAUUUUUGUUCCACGGUUGCGGACGAUCCAUCGUUGGUAUUCAAUCAUAUUGAUUCGAUCAAUAGCGGAGACAAAUUCCCGCUCCCCGCCCCAGGGAUCGACUUUUUCUUCUUGCCCUGCGAAGUGGCUUCCAAAACAAGAUUGAUUUCUAGACUUAGUUCCAAAUCGGUGUUUCUAGUUCAACGUGGACCGUCGGUUUCCGCGCACUUCUGGAUGCCAUUCUAUUGUUUGGAGUGUGGUGAGAUAUUGUUUUCGACAACUCCAUAUACGCUGGGUCUCUGGUAGCCUCAUUCUUCGCUGCGCAUUUUAUUCAAUCCAAUCUGGACUGGGUAAUCCUGUAGGUAGCCGCAUGAGGCAGGAGACCGCUGCAAUGGAAUAAUAACCACAGAUGCGGUGUUUUAUGCAGCUGGAGGAUUAUUGCAGAAAAUGUCGCAGGUACCUGAUUUGGCCUUGCGCAUUGAGUUAUUCAACCAAAAUAAAAUAAAAUAAAAUAAAG